CUUAUUAAUUGUCAGUCAAACGGUUUGUUGACAAAAGUAGUUGGGAAGAAAAGUGUUCAUAAAAUAUUCUUAAAAUGCCAUCAAAAAAGAAAAAAUACAAUGCGAGAUUCCCCGCGAGCAGGAUAAAGAAAAUUAUGCAAACAGAUGAAGAAGUUGGAAAAGUGGCACAGGCAGUUCCAGUUAUUAUCUCUAGAACAUUAGAACUUUUCGUAGAGUCUUUAUUAAAAAAAUCAAUGCAGAUAACACAAGCAAGAAACGCAAAAACAUUAACACAAUCGCAUAUGAAACAGUGUAUCUUAUCAGAAAGUCGAUUUGAUUUUUUAAAAGACCUAGUAAAAGAUAUACCAGAUGCAAGUGUACAAGAUGAUAAUGAAAGUAACGUGCAGGAUAUGGAGAUAACACCAAGAACUUAUGGUACUAGACAUGGAGAGGGUAAUAAUGAUCAAGAAACCAGUACACCUAGACCGGAAAUAGCAGCAAAUUUUUAUACAGAACAGGGUACAUCAAGAACACCUGUUAUUCAAUAUGGACCAAAUGUUAUGGAAAAAAACAGUUCUAAAACAUACACAAAUAAGAGUCACACGAAUACAAAUAACGAAGAUGAUGAUGAUGGGACAGUUAUAAAGUCUGAUUCGUCUUCUGAAAAUGUACCCUCAUUAAUACCAAUUUCGCACAAUAUGUACGGGCAAAGUACCGGUGAUAACCUUUACAUAGAUGAAGAUUAUGAUAACUAAUCUUGGUAACAAUAAGAGUUUUUUUAUGUUCACAUUAUUUGUUAAGGAGAUGUUGAUGAUUAACGGUUAAAACUAAUUGACUGAGAUGAUAGCCACUGUAAUAUUUAUUUUAGUGACUUUUUUUACUGUCGAUUAAACAGAUAAGUGUAAGAAUUCUACGACGAUUUAGUUUUAAUGUAUAUAAAAAUAUAUUAUAAAAAAAACUCUCAUAAAUAGAGUGUUUCUAAAUAGUUGAAUUGGGUAACAACAAUUAUAAGUGUUUCAACCGUUGGAUACAUAAAAAUGAUGGCUCAAGUUUUUGUCAAAAUUUUAUUUUGAAAAUAUAGAUAUCUUUUUUCAAAAA